AUGGCAUCGACCCAAACUUUUGGCAAGAACCACGGGGGGUUCCAGGUUGGGAAUAACUUUGGUCAAAUUGAUAAUGUCAACAUCAACACAGUAUAUUCAGAUGAUGACGUGGAUCGAUUAUGCCUGCGCACCUUACGAUGCCCCGAUUCAUUCGCUGUCAAGAACCGCCUGAAGGGCACCAAGGAUAAGUUGGUUCACGCAUCGAUCGAAUGGAUUUUCCGAGACCCACGUUACAUCGGUUGGCAAGAUGGAGAGGAAACUGGUCUACUCUGGAUCAAGGGCGGUGCUGGAAAAGGCAAAACCAUGAUGUCGAUCGGUCUUAUUGAGCGGCUUCUACUUGCACGUAAUGGUCCCUGUGUGGUCACGUACUUUUUUUGUCAAGACGCCGACCACGAGCUUAACACCUUAGAAUCGGUCAUCAAGGGUCUGAUUUUACAGCUGCUUAAUCAAGAAGAGAGGCUCAAGGUAUCCCUGCGAAAUCGCUGGGAUACAGUGAAUGGUCGCUUCGAAAAGGACGUUUCCUCUUGGGAAGCACUGUGGAACAUCCUGUUGGAGAUGUUAAACAACUGCAAGUGCCAGAGAGUGUACGUGCUUGUGGAUGCACUUGACGAGUGUCGAGAUAGUGGCAUGGCCGAUUUUCUCAAGCUCAUCGUCCGAACCGGCCUUGAUCAAGUUUCCAAAAUCAAAUGGCUGUUGACAAGUCGGCCAUUGGAGAGUGCCCAGCGCGAACUCCUGGUCGGAAAUGAUCAAGAACAGGUUAUCCUGGAGCUACAAUCACAACAGUUCUCUGAAGCCAUCAGAACCUACAUCGCGUCUAAAGUGGCUGAGCUGAAUCGUCGCCACAGAUAUCAAGAAGAAUUGCGAAAGAAGAUCGAAACGACCCUUAAUGAUAGAUCAGAGGGCACCUAUCUGUGGGUUAGCCUAGCUUGCAAGAGACUCGAAAAUGUGCAUCGCAAUGAGGCAUUAGCUGCCAUUCAGCAAUUGCCACCAGGCUUGCAUUCCAUCUAUCAUCGGAUGUACACCCAACUCGGUAUAGGGGACAUAGUCGACAGAAAGAGAUGCAUGGAGCUACUCAAUGUGAUGAUGCUAGCAUAUCAACCCCUACAGGUAGUGGAAGUGGAAAGCCUCACAGGUUUCACUGACGAGUACUCGGAAAUUGAAGAUCUAGUUGGUAAAUGUGCGUCAUUUAUCACUAUGCGUGGAACCUUCAUUGAGUUUAUUCAUCAGUCCGCUCGAGACUUCUUGGCAGAAGAGAAAAGGCAAUCCGAUCUUCUCAACUCGCAUGAGCAUUUUGGUCAUGGUGAAUUAGCUCUUCGUUGUCUAUCAUCUCUAUGUGAACGGCUCAAGGUCAACAUUUGCGACCUGCCGCGACCUGAUUCAACCAGAAAGUCAAUACAAGAGUCAAAGAACAAACAAUCGACUGCACUACUGUCAAGAACAAAAUAUGCAGCAUUGUUUUGGCCUCAACACCUCGAGAGCGGCAAGCAAUCCAGGAUCGUACAAAAUGCGCUCGGUGAGCGUGGACUUGCCGAUGAAUUCCUUCGAACUAGGUUAUUGGAGUGGUUGGAAUGCCUCAGCCUGCUGGAUGAGCUACAAGGGGCUUUAAAAGGCCUUCAAGCGAUAAGGGAUACAGCGGGGAGUGCGUCUCCCGUGGCAAUACUUACACAGGAUGCUACACGAUUCCUUUUGCGACACUACCAUACCAUAACGAAUUGGCCGUUACAGAUUUACAGCUCUGGGAUCAUCUUCAGUCCUGAAAAAAGCAUUGUGAGGGGGGCAAAUAUGGAAAAAAUCCCCAUCUGGAUUAAGAACGUUCCACGAAUGGAGAGCGUUUGGUCAUCACUGAUAUCAACCCUUUUUGGACCUGCACCUGAAGUUGCUGAUCUGGUAUUUUCACCCGACGGCAAAUCCUUCGCGUCGGGAUCGAGUAAUAAUGUCAUUGGCCUAUGGAACGCCACAACAGGUGACCUUUUGAGGAUAUUCGAAGCAUCCUCAUCGAUUUUUGUAGUUGCGUUUGCUCCUGAUGGUAAAACCAUCGCCUCAGGGUGUAGAGAUGGAUAUAUCAGGCUAUGGGACACCACAACGGGGGCCAGUCAUCAUCAUGUCAAAGCUCAUUGGUAUCCUAUCCAUGCUAUAGCCUUUACACCUGACGGGAACCAUAUCGCCUCGGCAUCUAAAGGUGAUUCUAUCAGGCUAUGGGAUUUGACAACAGUGACAAUACGUGACCUUCAUACCACGUUCGUGAGCGACUUAGGUGGCUUUCCUACUACUAUGACAUUUUCACCAGGCGGCAAAUACAUCGCCAUAGGCUUCGGAGACGAGACCAUCAAUCUAUGGGAUACCUUCACAGGUGACCUACUGAAGACGUUGAAAGAUGGCCCCUGGCAAGCUUUACCAGAGGCGAUCAUUACCUUGGCAAUCUCUCCCAAUGGCAGACUACUUGCCUCCGGAACUAUCUCUGGCACUAUUCAUAUAUGGGAUACCUUCACAGGUGACCGACAGACGCCGCUAAGACCGAGAAACCAGAAGAAGAUUACUGCUAUAUCAUUCUCCCCCAAUGGUGAAAUCAUUGCCUUGGGGUAUGACGAUGGAAUUAUCAAGCUAUUAAACAUUAUGACGGGUGACAUUCAAAAAACUUUCAGCGGUCAUUUAGAUUUUAUAAAUGCUACAACCUUUUCACCUGAUGGAAAAAAUAUCAUUUCCGCGUCAAGAGAUAUGUCUAUCAAGCUAUGGGACGCCACGACAGGUGACUUUGAGCAGAGGCUAGAAGCACAUCGAUAUAAUACUACUGCAGCAUCCUCUUCCGCAGAUGGGCUCAUCACCUCAGGGGGUAUCGGAAAUGAUACUAAGCUAUACCACACUGCGUCUAUAGAAGGUCACUCACGAGAGGUUGCCAAUGUGAUGUUUUCACCCGACGGCAAGCAAAUUGCAUCAGCAUCUGACGAUGCUACCAUCAAUUUAUGGAAUGCCACGACCGGCGAGGUUCAAAAAACAUUGAAAGACCUUACAGAUGGGGUUUUCUCUUUAGCCUUCUCGCCCAGCGGCAAAUACAUCGCCUCGGGAUCUCUCGAUGAGACUGUCAAGCUAUGGGACACCAGGACGGGUGUCAUUCAGGAAACUUUCAGAGGUCAUUCAGAUGCUAUCUAUUCUGUAGCCUUCUCACCUGAUGGAAAGCAAAUUGCCUCGGGGUCUUGGGAUAAGACCGUUAAACUAUGGGAUUGCGCAACAGGUAAUCUUCAAAAGACAUUUGAGGGCCAUACGGAUGGGGUUCAUAUUUUGGCCUUUUCACCUGAUGGCAAGUUCAUUGCUUCGGGGGGCGACAAUUCUAGUGGUUUGGGCAACAACCCGAGGAGUAUUAAGCUUUGGAACAUUUCGACAGGUGAUCUUCAAAGGACGCUCAAAAGCGAUUCAAAUUGCUCUUUGGCUGCUUUGACCUUUUCCCCAGACUGUUCAUACAUCGCUUCCGCGUCCGUUUUCUACCACGCCGGCUUUAAAAGCAGCUCAACCAUCAACAUUUGGGCCAUUGCUCGAGUGCUGAACGGCACAGAGUCUUUUAGCACAAGGUUCAGUCGGAAUUUUAGACUUCGUCCUUCCGAAAAGUUCAAUAUACAGGGACCAGUUCGCACCUUGGAAUUUUCAACAGAUGGAAAAAUCCUCAAGACAGACAUCGGUGCCAUCAGGCUGAAGGCUUACCAUACAGAUGGAGAUAGUAGCUCACUGGAGUUUCCAGAUAGUCUUGGAGUUGAAGGACAGUGGAUUAAAUAUGGAGAUUUGCGCAUACUUCGGCUCCCUUCUGAUUUCAAGCCAGUGCUUUGCGAUGUUCGGGACGACCGAGUUGCCAUUGGAUUCGAGAAUGGUCGAGUUUUGGGAUUCAUCAUUGACUGUGUGCGCCUGAAAGCACUUUAUAAAUAA